CUGUGGGGCUCCUGCUCAGCACAAGUUGCCCCAACAGCACAGUGAUCUGCUCGGAGAAAAGUUUUCACACUUCAAUGGGAAAGUUAGAGAUGAGCGCUUUUCUGUUACGCCUGUCCACAGAGCAACGAGGGAUUGGAUAUAAAAUCAGAGCGCGUGGAUAAAACACCAUUUAGGGAAUCUUUAGGUUGUUUUUCUUGGGAUUGAUUUGCUUUUCAUCUGAAGGUAUCGGGUCGUGUAUCUGGAGACAAUGCGUCCACUCACGCUGCCUCGCAGCUUAGUGAGGUUUUCGCUGCUUUUCCUGCUUUUUCUGGGACUGGAGCGUGGAUGCGGGGCCAGCACAGGGACGUGCCCCCCUCCCUGCGCCUGCUCCGGGGACCGUGUGGACUGCAGUCGGCUGAAAAGGGGCCGAAUUCCAGAGCCAAUCCCGGAGUGGACGGUCCAGCUAGACCUGAGUCUCAACAAAUUGCAGACGCUUGAUAAGAAUUUGUUUCAUCAGCUACAUCAUCUGAGAGAAAUAAAUUUAAAUCACAAUGAACUGGAGAUGAUACCGGAUCUGAGUCCCAGUGCUUCAAACAUCACAGCACUCUUUCUAGCAAACAACAGGAUCACCAGGAUCUCCGAGGAGCAGCUCAGACCCUUCUUCGCCCUGGAAACGCUGGACCUCAGCAACAACAAGAUUGUGGACGUAAAAGCCAGCUCCUUCCCCGCUCUGCCUCUGAGGAGCAUGUUCCUCAGCAACAAUCGAAUCUCCUCACUAGAGAAUGGCUGGUCCACCAACCUGUCCAGCACCCUGCAGGUUCUUUGGCUCAACCGCAACCGCCUCUCCUCUAUUUCAGCCAAGAUCUUCCAGCUGCCUAACCUUCAACAUCUAGAACUGAGCAGAAACCGGAUUCGCCGUGUGGAGGGUCUGACGUUUCAAUACCUGCCAGCUCUUCGUCUCCUAAAGAUGCAGAGAAACGGUCUGAAACGCCUGAUGGACGGAGCUUUUUAUGGCCUCGGCAACUUAGAAGUCCUGCAGCUGGACUAUAACAACCUGACGGAGGUGAGUAAGGGAUGGCUGUACGGCCUCCAGAGUCUACAGCAGCUCCACCUUGGACACAACUCCAUCAACAGAAUCCAAGCUGAUGCCUGGGAUUGCUGCCAGAAACUCAGCAAUCUCAACUUGUCCUCAAAUCAUCUGUCCAGACUGGAGGAAUCCAGUUUUGUUGGUCUGAGCCUGCUGGAUGAACUCCACAUAGGAAACAACCAUGUGAGCUUCAUUGCAGACAGGGCUUUCCACGGCCUCUACAACCUGCAGAUGCUGGAUCUCCAGGAUAAUGAAAUCUCCUGGACCAUUGAAGACAUGAACGGACCUUUCUCUGCUCUGGACAAAAUGAAAACAUUGUUCCUGCAGGGUAACCAGAUCCGCUCUGUGACCAAGAAGUCUUUCUCAGGCCUGGACGCGUUGCAGCACCUGGAUCUGAGCAACAACGCCAUCAUGUCCAUCCAGGCAAACGCCUUCUCUCAGAUAAAGAACCUAGAGGAGCUGCGUCUGAACACCUCCAGCCUCUUGUGUGACUGCCAGCUGAAGUGGCUUCCCAUCUGGGUGGCAGAGCAAACCUUCCUUCCCUGCGUCAAUGCCAGCUGCGCCCACCCGCAGAUGCUGAAGGGCAGGAGUGUCUUUUCUGUCAGCCAGGAGGAGUUUGUGUGCGAUGACUUCCCUAAGCCUCAGAUCACCCUGCAGCCCGAGACCCAGUCGGCCCUCAAAAACUCCAACGUAACAUUUGUGUGCUCUGCCGCAAGCUCCAGUGACUCACCCAUGACCUUUGCCUGGAAGAAAGAUAAUGAGGUUCUGAAUGAUGCAGAGAUCCACAAUCAGGCCCACCUACGAGUGCAAGAAGGUGCAGGAGGUGAGACAGAGGUGACAGAGUAUACAACCACGUUGCAGCUUCGUAACGUAGAGUUCUCCAGUGAGGGGAAGUACCAGUGCAUCAUCUCCAACCACUUUGGAUCUUCCUAUUCCACCAAGGCCAGACUCACUGUUCAUAUGCUUCCGUCUUUUACAAAGAUGCCGAUGGACUUGAGUAUCCGGGUUGGAGCGAUGGCUCGGCUGGAAUGUGCCGCCGUUGGGCACCCGUCCCCUCAGAUUGCUUGGCAGAAAGACGGAGGGACCGACUUUCCUGCUGCCCGUGAACGUCGCAUGCACGUCAUGCCAGAGGAUGAUGUCUUUUUCAUCGCAGAUGUCAAGACAGAAGACAUUGGCGUCUAUAGCUGCACAGCUCAGAACAUCGCAGGAGCUAUUUCAGCAAAUGCUACGUUAACCGUUCUAGAGACACCCCAUUUCUUGCGCCCCCUCAUUGAUCGUACUGUGGCCAAGGGAGAGACUGCUGUCCUCCAGUGCAUCGCUGGUGGCAGCCCACCUCCAAGACUGAACUGGACAAAAGAUGACAGCCCUUUGGUGGUGACUGAGCGCCACUUCUUUGCAGCAGCCAACCAGCUCCUCAUCAUCGUUGAUGCUGCAGAAGCAGACGCAGGAAAGUACACUUGUGAGAUGUCCAAUGCUCUUGGUACGGAGAGGGGCAACAUUCAUCUUGGGGUUCUUCCAAAUCCCAACUGUGAUUCUGGGGUACAAGGCAGCGGGGGGAUUAAUGCAAUGAGUGGACCAGGAUCAGUCGAGGAUGAGUGGACAGUUGUGGGCAUUGUCAUAAUAGCUGUGGUGUGCUGUGUAGUUGGGACAUCCCUGGUCUGGGUGGUCAUCAUCUACCACACCCGUCGUCGAACUGAGGACUGCAGUGUCACCAACACUGAUGAGACCAACCUCCCCGCAGAUAUCCCCAGCUACCUGUCUUCCCAGGGUACACUGGCCGACCGGCAGGAUGCCUACAUGCCAUCCGAGAGCGGCAGCAGCCAUCAGUACAUGGCGUCAUCCAUUAGUGGUUUCUACCUUCAGCCUAAAGACACGAUUGGUUUCUGCCAGCUGGAUACAGGAAGUGAAGCAGACAUGGAGGCAGCGAUCGAUCCUUUGCACUACCAAUACCAAGGUCCAAUUGGCUCGCUAAUUUACAGAGAUAACAUGUAUCUCAAUGAGCCACCUGAGGUUUACGCGGGUUCCUUCGACCAAAGGCCAGUUGACUCCUACAGCGACAGUCUAACCAAAAGGAAGGAGUUCUUGCUGUCCGAGUACUUUGACCUAUGCCCUUCUACUGUCCUGAUGCAGCUACCCAACACCAGUAAGAACCAGGAGCUUUCCCACCAGCAAUGUGAUUUCAGCCCAUCCUUUGAAAAGGGAGAAACGGUCAACUAUGGGAGACCUCAUGAGAAUAGCAGUCCAUACAACACCUUCCUGGGAACAUUCGGCAAAGCUCCUUGGAAGCCCCAAAAGGAUUUUUACACAGGAUGCAACCCUCCAUCGGUUACAUAUAAUGGAACGCUACACGAGAAUCUGUAUGCGGCUCCAGACAUUGAUUUAAUCCUUGAAGAUCGCUUUACCAGAGACUCAUCAGAGCAGAGUGACAGCAUCUACAAGCAGCCUUUUGACAGUUGUAGGACUGAUCCCAUCACACAGCGCAGGAUGAGCACUUAGCCGAGUGACUUUUUAAAGAAGACAACCAAAAACACAACAGUUCUACCUCACUGGACUUUUGCAAUAAAGGACUCCUGUAAUGUGCAACGAGUGAAUGUAAAAGACAACAAAUUGUUCCAGCAGAAACUGAAAGUAGAAUUAAAAAUGAUUCAGUUGAAAAAAGAGAUGAAUAUAUGCAUUUUUUAUAAAGUAUAUUAUAUUUUGUAAAUUGUUUAUCAACAGAUCAUUAUUUUUGCCUACUUUUUUUGUAAUGAUAUUUGCAGUCCUGCCAAUUCAUUUAUUUUAGCUCUGAGUAAGGCAUUGUUUUGCACAUAUGUAAACAAUAAAAAACACCUAAAUGUGUGCUGCUA